AGCGUAGUAAUCACAUUAAACUCACACCAUGGGUAACGCUGUUUACACCGAUCAGCUGGUUUGUCACGACACCAUCGAAGCUUGCAAAGCUUCUUGCAGUUACGAAUGUGUAUUCACUGACAAGUGCAAUGGAGCAGCCAACAAAUACCUAUGUGUUCCAGUCGAUUUUCGAUGGCUUACAUGGCUGAUUUUCGGCUGUUUCCUGAUAGUUGUGCUAUGCUGCUCGUCACUGGUUGCUUGUUAUGCUUGUCGAGCCAUCCGAGCUUCAGUGCGAAAUCAACAAAUGCAUUACCCGGACAGAGAUGUGGUCUUUACCAAUCCUGGCCGAGUCCAUCAUAUUCAUUUGGAUGGCAGUCAUCGCAGAGAGCACCCACCAUCAAGACGAUAUUGACAGGAUCGCUACUGGAAUCACAGCUUUCAACAUUGCCAUCGUUAUAAAGCCCGUGAUCUGAUUGACCCAG